AUGUUUCUAUGGCUGUUAUUCCUCGGUACAGUGCUGUGUUUAGCACUAUUCAGAUUGAAGAGAAACCGAUUGCACACAUUAGCAUCAAAGAUUCCAGGGCCAGACGAUGAAUUACCUGUGGUUGGUGUCGCACAUAACUUUACUGGGACUACUGAAGAUAUAUUAAACAGUUUACAGAAGUAUAGUUACGAGGCAAUGAAAAAGAAUGGUAUUCUUCGAGGCUGGAUUGGCCAUAUUCUUUAUUUCAUUGUCGUGGAUCCAGUUGAUUUAGAGGUAAUACUAAAGAACUGUUUAGAGAAAGACGACUUGCAUCGGUUUUUAAAAAGUGCUAUUGGUAAUGGCGGAAUAUACGCACCACUGCGUAUAUGGAGAAGACGGCGAAAGAUCAUGGUGCCUGCUUUCAGUCCCAAAAUAGUAGAGACAUUCAUGGAAAUAUUUUCGGAACAAAGUGAGAAGUUGGUUUCAAUACUUGAUGAAAGUGCAGGGAAAGGUGACGUCACCAUGGGGCCUUUCCUUUGUAGAUAUACUCUCGACUCAGUUUGUGGAACUACAAUGGGAAUAAAAUUAAACGCCCAAAAUAAUCCUGAUAAUCUAUUUUUAACAGCAUUGAAAAAUAUGCUUCAUUUCAUUUGUAAAAGAAUUUUCCAUUUAUGGCUACAACCACAAUGGCUGUAUAUGUUAUUUCCACAGUACACGAAGGAAAAAAAAUAUUUGAAAGCAAUGCAUGAUUUUGUAGAUGGAGUAAUACAAAAGAAGAGGGAAGAAAUCAAGAAAGAAAAAAAUCUACAAACAGAAGUAGAUCGUAAUUUUGAUUUAUGUCAUUACAAAACUCGUUCGUUCCUCGACCUUCUGAUUGAAUUCUCUGGUGGCGAAAAUGGUUACACUGAUCUGGAGCUGAGAGAGGAAAUAAUGACGCUAACUAUAGCCGGUACUGACACGUCGGCUGUGUCGAUUGGGUACACACUGAAGUUGUUAGCGAUGUAUCCAAAGGUGCAAGAAAAGUUGUAUCAAGAGUUACGACAUGUUUUUGGAAAUCCCGAACGUUCAAUAGUUAAAGAGGACUUGUUGACGUUAAAGUAUUUAGAUCGUGUUGUGAAAGAGUCUCUAAGGUUAUUUCCACCAGUACCAUUUAUUAUUCGAAAGAUUUUAGAAGACAUUUCCUUACCAUCAGGUAGAAUUCUUCCUGCUGGAUCAGGCGCUGCGGUCAGUAUCUGGGGCUUGCACCGCGACCCUAAGUAUUGGGGCCCAGACGCAGAGGUCUUUGACCCCGAUAGGUUCCUGCCAGAGAGGUUCAAACUCCAGCACAGUUGCUCCUAUAUGCCGUUCAGCAAUGGUCCUCGAAAUUGUCUCGGUUACCAAUACGCUUUAAUGUCAAUGAAGACAGCGCUGUCGGCGAUAGUAAGGCGUUAUAAGGUUGUUGGGGAAGAGGAGGCCGGUCCUGUCCCUCAUAUCAAGUCUAAAAUUGACGUCAUGAUGAAAGCUGUCGAUGAUUAUAAGAUUAGUAUAGAAAAAAGACAUUAAAAUCAAGAGGGUAAAUGA